AUGGACUUUUCCUUUUCCAGCAAUCUCGAGCACCCUCCUACCACCUUCGUAGAAGGCGAUGAACUCUUUCCUGAUAACGUUGAAACGCCACAACAAAAUGAACCCUUUCCAAGUGCGGAUUUUGACCCUACUGCCUUUGACUUGUCUGAGGUUUUCUCCCUGCAAGAUGCCGACCCCGACCCGCUUCAAGAUUUCAUGGCUCUAGACCGUAGUUUCGCUGACAUUCCGAUGUUGGAUGCUCUCUCCGUGGAGGGGAACAACGAAGCUCUGAUAGACUUCAUAGACCCAGAGUCUCUGACUUCCUUUCCUUUUCCAUCAAUUCCGGGGGCUGACGGAAGUUGGCCGGGAAGCAUGGACGCACUCAAUUUAGGACUGUCUCCUGACCAGGCAAUGGAUAUUGACGGCGCUGAUCUCACCUUCACGCCCCUACCUCCUACGUACGGCGAUAGCGCUGGAUACGCAUUUCAGCCGCCACUGACUAGUUUCGAUUCUGUAUUAGUUCCCAGUCUAUCGCUUGAAGAACAGACGGCGAACCAACACCUUGGAAAUGUCAACCUCCCAAGUCUAAUGAUCGACUCAAGUGAGGGGACCUUUGCGCAGCCUGGUCCUAACAGACUAAUGGCCAAACCGUUCCGCGGAGGCACCCUCUUCCCAGACGACACAAGCCCUUGCCACCUGGGAGAAGAGGCGGAAGAUGUGGUCCCCUUUCUGCAGCCCAGGCAAAGGCGCAAAAGGAAGCGCGGGCAAGAGGCUUUCAUGCCCAGCGUCCUACUAAUCCUCGCAAAUGUAGAGAAAAAGCUCGUCGAAAUUGACCCUUCAGGAGGGCUUGUCGGGUUACCUGUCCCUGUCCAUCCUGAGAUACCGCAGAAGGAGCACUGGGUUCGCCUUGCUCUCUUAUUCUGCGGUUCCUUUGGAGCUCUUGGAGACGCCUCCUACAACUAUAAAGCUCAGAUAGCCGAUAUCCUAGGAGGAGGCGAAAACACUCGGAGGGGCUGGGAGAUAUUCGUCGAAGAAGCCGUCCAGUCACUAGCCUGGUUCAGCUGCAGAUACAUCGAGCUCUGCUUGUUCCGCUACUUGCAGUGCGCGGCUAAUAAUGACGGCGAGAUGACACAGGGCACGAAGACAAACAUCUCUUGUAUGAUGCUCGUUCUUAUAUCGCUAACAGAGAACCCUAUGGAUGACGGCGCGCCUCUUAAUCCCACCCAGAUUGAGUUUAUCGACCGGGCAAAGCGUGUCCGCAUGGCGCUUUGGGUCUACGCAUCUAUUGCUAUAGACAAACUUCCAGCUUGGUCGAACUUCUGGCAAACCUUCGCACCCAAACAGUUCAACCCUUUACAUUUAGCAAGGCUUUUCCAGGACAACCUGACCAAUUUUGACACUGAGAUGGGUAGCAUUCAGGAAAUGGCUUCCAGCCACUGGAAAGAAUACACCGAUUCUCUCUCUCUUAUCGCGUCGCUUCUGGAACAAAGCCACCACCAGUAUCCAGUCUACCACAACGUCCCUGAGUGGUGGGAAGACGAUAUGACUAAUGGGAUGUUGGGAUCCAUUCAAUUGGCCUUACUCGACCCGAAAAAGUUAUCUGAUCGCAGAAUGGAGCUGGAGAGAGCAUUAUCAGGCGGUGUCUUUUCGGCGAAUACCCCAAAGCAGCAAAGGGUAGCGGCUAUUCGCAUGUUUAGAUUUACUGAAAUCUUCUCUUUCGGGCAUGCGGACUCUAUAAAUGCGGUGGAGAUUCGAAAUCUUCUAUCCCUCGCUGUGAUAGUCCGCAACCGAUAUUGCGACAUGGACACGUAUCAGACAUUGAGAAUAGCGACUCCAACGGAGCUCUUCGCAGACGUGAGUUUGCUUAUCGACGCUGUUCUUGCCGAAGCCGAUGUGGCCCGCCCUAACUUGGAUGACAUGGCCCAAUGUUCAGCCGGGCCUUCUAAUAUCCAGCCGGACAACACUUCCACAGAGCGUGGGUUGGGGGCAUAUGAGUUGAGGCUGCUCCGAUCCGGGAAGCGCUGGAUGGAGCUGAAGGACAUGCUAGGAGAAGGCGUUCUACUGGCAUUGAGCUAUCCAGAACCUAGACCUCCACUUCUCCGGUUGGAUAUUGAUUCUAUUGUUGACCAUGGGACCAAUGAUGAGUUUUCUCAGUUAAAGAACCUCCUGAAAACUAAGUGCCCAUGGCUGAAGACAGCUUGCUCGAAGCUUAACGGACUUGUUUUGCAACUAGUGAGCCUCGAUUCGGUCCCGGGAUCCGAUGAGCUGCGAUCUCUCUGGAAAGAAGGCACUGAGGCGGUCGAAAGGGCCUUUGGGGAGUUAUCUCUGCUUCGUGAAGCAGCCAUCGAGUUGUCCGGGGAAGACAGACCUGCUGAUAGAAUGAUUUCUCUGCUACUCAGUUUGCUGCCUCGGCGCGAGGAACUAAGCGAAAGGUCUAACCAGAUGCGGAAUAACUUUGUGGCUAGCUUUCGACACAGCAUGCUCAAACUUAAUGGGACGGAGAACUGGGAUGGUGAGAUUGAGAUCAGGCUUAUCAGAGAGGCGUUGGACGAGGCUUCGGAUAAAUUCUUGACAGCCUAUCGCUCAUCUCUGGACGAAGGAAAGGUCGGGAAGGAAUGCGCGAUCAACAUCAUGAGGGCAAGGCUUCGACGAGCUAUGGACCUAUUUUCCGCAACACUUUCAGAUAUGGGAGCAUCAGCCAUUCAAUCAUCCGGCAGCGAAACGGAGGAUGUAUACCGUCGACAGAAGGAACGGAUACAUUCCGAGUUAAUCCCGGCAUUGUCAAGGAUAUUUGCCUAG